UGACCAUUAAUUAGUAGUUUUCCUGCUUAACUUGUCCAGAUUCAAGUAAAAAUAAACAUGCAGUUGAUAUCAUUUCUGAUUUGAUAGCUCAUUCUUGCUGGUUGAAUGUGCAUGUUGAUCAACCUCAUGGGGCUGUCUUUGAGAUAAGGAAAGCCCAGGGUUAUGGUGCACGAUGGUCUAACCAUGGAACUAAGGUACAGAUUACUCAUAGAAGCAUGCUGGUAAUUUUUUUUUAUCUAUUUAAAGAUAUGUUCAGUGCAUGUGAAAUUAUUCAUAUGUAGAAAUGAGAUGAGAUUGGGCUUAUUGAAGUCUUAAUUUCAUUUAGGUAAUCGGGGCUAAAGUACGUUUUUUCGCAGGAAUUUACACACAUUGAGUCUUGAACUUGGAUAUAGGACUAGCUAUAAUUAAUUGCUUUUUGUUAAACUGCUUGGGUUAAAGCUGAUUGAUCACAUAAAUGGAAGUCCCAGCACUGGUGACUCUCUCUAAGAAGUCAGACCAUUGGUUGUUUACGAGAAAGACUAGAUAUGUGAAUCCUAAUUUGGAUGGGUACUACCAAGCCUUCAUCUCUCUGUUUUUACCCUUUUAAUUGCACUCAUAACCCAAACCUCACUGGUAGACUAACCAAUGAAUGCUCGUGUUACUUUCAUUUAUUAAUAAGAUGAAGAAGAAGAAGAAGAAGAAAUGGGAGGACGAAGAAGAGGAAAUGAAGCCACAAUUUCAAAUGUAUUGCAUUUUUUUUUUCACAAAAAAUAACAUUUAUAUCUCAUUACUUCCUAAUCGCUUUACAGCUUCAGGCUUCUGCAUCUUGCCAUGUAAAAAGCACUAGAGUUCUUAAAAGUUUCUAACUUUUUUCUGAACCUCCACUGAAUGUAAAAGUGUCUUUAACAUGCUCACUGAAACACUUUAAGAUUUUCACUUCCAGAAAAGAUAUUUUAAUGGUCACAGCUAAAACUUCAAAUUUUUCCUAUGUGAGAUUUUUUGUUGUUUCAGUUCAUUGGAUUUCUUGAGCCAUACAUGGAUGAUGGUCAUUCAAAGGGAUGGAAGCAUUAAAUUGAAUGCAGCUAUUCUGCUGUUCUCUGGUCUCCAGAAUCUCUAAGGCUCCCCUCCUUGUGCUACCAGUUUGUGAAGCUUUAGACUCUUAGAAAUUUACAUGCAUCCUUAUCUCAUGCCAUUCCACCUCAUCACAUUGAAUCACAAUGUCCUCAUAAGUUUGCAUCAUUGUACUUUUUCCUUUCUUCUUAUAAAAUGAAAUUGAAAUGAGUAAUGAUGUACAGAGUAGUAGUCAGUAUUAGCAAUUUUUACAGUUCUGUGCUAUGUCCUUCCAUUUUGUUUCCCCCCCUUCCAAUAACAACUUGAUGCUGCCAACUGGGAAUUCACUCUGUUUGAUUUCUGUAUCAGGUCAACUCUGACAAGCAUGGUAUGGCAAAGUAAAGCAGAAAAGUAGGAAAAUAAUUUUUGUGGUUUCACCUAUGGCAGGAAUUUGGUACUGAAAUGCUUUCAGGUAAAGACACCUGACUGAGAUGCUGCCAAGCUAGAAAGACAGAGCUGAAAAACUGGGGUUCUGUGAUUGGUACAAUCUCCUUUG